CAUAAAACCCAAUAAGCUUCAUGUUGUGUCCCAAAUGGCAGUAGCUACUUCAGCUACAGCAACACUGAUCAAUCUCACGCGCCCUCCCCACUCCAAGCUUCGCCACUUCUCAACAAACAAUGUUCCCUCUCCUUACCAACCCCUUUAUUAUUCCGGAUUCUAUCACAACCAUCGUUCAAAGCCCAUCAUCAUCAAUUGCCAUGGCAAGUUGAAUAGCUCAAGUGGGGGAGAUGCAUAUGAGAUGGAUGAAGCGGGUUUUGAUGACUAUGAUGGGGUUGACGAGGGUGAUGAGGAUGAGGAUGAUGCAGAGAGCAGUGUGGAUUUGUUGAUCAGAUUCUUGCAGAGCAUGUUCAAGAAGGUUUCAAAGCGGGCUAAGAAGGCCUCUCGCUCUGUUUUGCCCACAGUGAUAUCGCCCCAGCUUGUUUCUUUUGCGGUUGAUGGGACUCUGCUACUUGCUUCACUUUCUAUUGUCAAAGCACUUCUUGAGGUUAUCUGCACACUUGGAGGCACUGUAUUUGCUGCAAUUCUGGUUCUGCGUGUAAUUUGGGCGGCAGUUUCUUACUUUCAGUCAAGUGGGAAUAGCUUCAAUCAAAGGGGGAAUUCCUUUGGUGCCGUUGCCUAAAACUUUCUUUGAAUUUAUUAAACAAAAGAUGGCCUUUGUAAGUUUAGGUUGAUGGCAAUUUUCUUAUAAAGCAGAAAUGGAAUUUUCUUGGGGUACAUAUUUGAUUCUGUUGAUUAUAAAUUGUUUAUGUAUGCAUUCAGAUGAACACGAAUAUACAUGGAAUAAUUCGAUGUUAUAUUAUUUUAUUGUUUGAACGAU